UAAAUAAUUGCAUUACAGGAGAGAGAGAGAGAGAGAGAGAGAGGAGGGUUGAAUGAAUUGGGCUUGAGAAUCAAUGAGUGGAGAAAGAGUUGCUGGUUUGGUGCUGAAACUGGACAGAACCCCCCUGCUGCAUUCAACUCUCUCCGCUGCUGCCACCCAUGACGACCACUUGUGCAAAACGUAAAAUAGAGAAAUUUAAUUAAUUAAUAAUAGAUUCAUUUGAACAAUCUACGCAAUCCUCUACUUCAUUGUUUUGCACUUCUCUUACCUUUCCCUGCAACUCCUAACACCUCAAAUCUGUCCCAUUCUAUCUUCUCUUUCGUCCUUCGACUGUAAGUUUUCUGGGUUCUUCUCUUUGUUUAUUUGUAUUUCGCUAUUUGGCAUGCAUCUGGUUUGUCUUACAUUAAGCGAUUUCUAUUAAAUACUUAUAAUUCCAGAAUUCACUUCAUCGGUUCUUGUGGCUUUGAUCAUAUAAUUGCUGUCGAGCUUUGAUUUAGUAAUCAGCCUCUUUCUUGAUCUAAGGAUAUCUAAUUUUGAUUUUUUGCUUUCUCGAGGUUUCUUUCUAUGCUAAACGAACCCCAUUCAGACUGAUUAACAGGGAGCUUCUGUUAUUUCUCUCUUAAUGAUUUUUUUUUCAUGCAUUAUAUGGUUUUGGGAUAAGCUAUUGAAACAGUCGUUUUAUCAUCGUGUUAUGGAUCAAUAAAUUUUGAAGCUUCAGACGUCUUUGCUGUACUAAAAACUAUGGAUUUGCAUAGCAAUUCUCAUCCCGAAUCUGGAAAACUGGAACAAAUUGUUUCCCAGUUCCUAUUGAAGAGUUUGCACAUUGUUUUGGACUCCCGAAUUCCUUCUCUUCAUCCACAUGAUCGUAGUGCUGACUUUCAGUCCAGUUCUCGGGUGAGAAAGAGUGACAAAUGGUUCAAUUUAGUUCUAGGAGAUCGUCCGGCUACCUUAGGUAACUUGAAUUUCUGGCAAAGGAAUCUAAUGGACCCCAUGAUUAUUGACAUAAUACUUGUUCGUACUGGGACUGCUUCAUCAUCAGUAGAAAAUCUGUAUGCUUCUCCAGCUGAGAGGAUGCCUAUUGAAACAGUCAUAGAAAGGUGGGUUGUUCAGUAUAAGUUCCUCCGGGCUAUGGCUCCCCAGCUUGGGGAAAAUUCUUCCUCGUACAAGAAAACAUAUAAGAAGUCUAUUAUACUUCUACGUUCUCUCUAUUCUCAGACGAGGCUUCUCCCAGCUUAUCGGAUCUUUCGGCAGCUAAGCUCAUCUAGUCAAACUUAUGAUUUUGAUAUCAUUUACAAAGUUUCUUCAUUUUGUGAACCAUUCAUUAGGUCAGAGGAGGAAAAAAUGAAAGAGUAUAGUUUUGUCCCUGUAGAGGCCCUUCCUGGCCACCUAUCUAUAUCUGUGACAUUUCGUCCAUCUCUAUCUGAUUUUAACCUUGAGCCUUUGGCAACAUUCCCGCCAAAGAUUAUAACAGAUUAUGUUGGUAGUCCUACAACCGACCCUCUUAGGUCUUUUCCUUCUUCAGAGAAAGGAGUUCGUGCUACAUCCUUCCCAUUGAGGGGAAUAUGUCCACCUAAUUCUACAGCUUGUCAGAGGCCACAUAGCUGGACAAGUGGCUUCCACAGAGCUUCUCCUUUUAUGUUAAACCAACCUCUUGUUGGAUCUCCUCCUGCAUAUCGCACAUCUCCUAUGCCAUAUGAUUUUCCAUCUCCUCCACUAGAUACCUAUGGUCAUAGAGUUCAAAGCUACAGACCGCAGACUCAUCAAAAAGCUACUGCUUAUGAUGAUUAUCAGCUUUCACCUCCAUUCUCACCUUCUAUGUCCCCUUCCACCCCAACAUACUUUCCCAAUAGUAAUCCUGUGCAAACUCAUAUUACUUCAGAAACUGCCCCUGUAACUAUCCCCCUUCCGAUGACAAGUAGAAGUUCUAGAUAUGUUUCUCCAAACUUUUCUGACCCAAAUAAAAAUUCACUUCCACCUUUAUCUCCUAGAAGCACAAGGUACGAUCCCUCAUCCCAGGAGUCUUCAUUUGGAAUCCGGUCAAUCAAGAAAGCAGAAAUUACAAGGGCUGGAGAGUCAAACUCUGGCGUAGCAAAUCAUUAUUCUGGUCAUAAGACUCUCAAAGAUAGCAAAGAUGAUUCAGGGCGCUUCUCAGGAUUGUUAUCUUCCAGCGGCUCACCACGAAUUGGAUUUUCUAGAAGUUCCAGUAGAUUAUCUUUCCAGGAUGAAUUAGAUGAUGGUGACUUCUCAUGUCCUUUUGAUGUUGAUGAUGUUGAUAUAUCAGAUUCACCUAUCAGCAGCCACAACCUUGAUGGGAAAAGGAAUACAGAAUCUACUCCUCACUCGUUGCUAAUCGGCAAAAAAUCGCAAGAUGCUGCUGUUGGUGUUCUUGUGCACAUGCUGAGGACAGCACCUCCUCUGCGUCAAGAUCCAAGUUGUUACUCGACUCAUUCUUUUAGGACUGAUCUAGAUGAAGGGGUUGCCACCGCCUCUGGAUUCUUUUUGCCUCGGAAGACGGCAGAUGCACUAGAAGAGCUCAGGAGUUACAGAGAAAUGAAAGACCUGCUACUGUCUAAGAGCGGAACUCGGAUGGUCAAUAAAGAAGAAGCUUAAAAAUUGCUACUACUUUUGGGUGGGUGCAUCCUUUAUCUUAAGGAGGCUUGAUUGCCAAGGGAAAGAUGUCUCAUCUGUACAUAUGAUUACUGAAAAUGUGCGAAGUGGUUUAAAUCAGUCGGACGAUUUUAAUGUAUUCUCUCAGACAUGCGCAUGGAGGGAACAAUAGCCAUGUUAAAGCCAUUUUUGGUCAUUUAAUUUAACAAUUAAAUUUCAUACCA